UAAACCCAAAAAAAGUGAUAGACAUGAUAUGAUAUUCUAUAUUACUCUCUUUCACUCUUGAGUUUUUUUCAAGUAAUAAUGGGGAAUUACAAGUUUAGGCUAUCAGAUAUGAUACCUAAUGCUUGGUUUUACAAACUCAAAGACAUAAACAACAAACCCAGAAACCAAAACCAAAAGAAGAAACCACCACCACCAUCACCAUCACCACCUUCUUCUUCUUCUUCUUCUUCUUCUUCAACGACAACAAAUAAGUUGUCGUUUUCCAUUAACCAAAAACACAACAACAAGAAGAAGAAGAACAAACCCAACCAACAACAACAACAAUACCAAUAUUGCCCUUCAAGAAAAUCUUACUAUUUUACAAGAGAUCUCAACAAUGAAGAAGAGGAGAAAUCAUCAUACUCUUCCUCACCAAGAAAAACAUCCAAACACAGAAUUAACAGGAGAAGAAAACCCACAACAACAAAAUCAUCAUCAUCACCAUCACCAUCUCCUAAUAACUUCACCAAUUCCUCAGUUUCUUCCUCUGGUUUGAGUUGUAAAGCCAAAAUCGAAUCCGUUUUCGCCAAACCCAAACAGAUUGUAGAUGACCCUGAAUUCAGAUGUGACCGGAUUCUCACUACUUUUGAUGAAAACGAUGUCGUUAUAGAUGUAGAUAAAGCUUCUCUUUGUUAUUUGGGUCAUAAUAAUAAUAAUAAUGAUGAUGAACACCAAGUGUUUGAUUCAUUUCCUGAACUAGAACUCCCUCCCAUUAUAACCAAAUCCAAGAAGAAACAACACAGGAAUAGUAAUUCUUCUUAUUCUCCAGGAGUUAAGCUUCGAAUUCAUUCCCCAAGAAUCGUCGGGAAAAGGAUUUCAGGCGGCGGCGGCGGUGGCCGGAAAAGCGUGUCGAAUGAAGAGAGAAUGAAGAUGAUGAUGAAGAAGAAAAGAAGCCUUUCUGAGAGUUUUGCCAUUGUUAAGUCAUCGUUUGAUCCUCAAAAGGAUUUUAGAGAAUCAAUGGUGGAAAUGAUUGUGGAGAAUAAUAUUAGAGCUUCUAAAGAUUUGGAAGAUCUUCUUGCAUGUUAUUUGUCUCUGAAUUCAGAUGAAUAUCAUGAUGUUAUUAUCAAGGUAUUCAAGCAAAUCUGGUUUGAACUCACUGAUCUUUCUUCUUCUUUCAAAUAAAUAUAUAUAAAUACAUAUAUAUUAUCUUUAAAUAUUGUAUAUCAUCAUCUUCUUCUUCUUCUUCUUAUAAUUAUUAUUAAUGUAGAUUAUCUUGCUGUUUAGUUUAGUUUAAUUACAUGAUAUUUUUGUAUUGAUCUUAAAUUUGGAGCAAGUUGAUGAUCAAUGACAUAUAUAUAUAAUUCAUAUAUAUGUAUAUGUAUGUAUCAUAAUAUAUAUAAAUGACAUGCAAAGAGGUUAUUGAUUUAAUUGGGCA